CCGGCCGGCCAUCGCGCAACGCACACGCCAUCCUCGCGCGCUCGUUCCCAGGUCCCCGGCCGCUCCCACCUAUAAAAGCCCCCCGGCCUCCGCUCCGCCACUGGGCACGGCGAAAAGGCGUCGGAUUCGGAACAGAACACGCCCGCGCGAGAUGGCCGGGUACCGCCGCACCAUCUCGUUCCCGGCCCCGAAGCCCGCGGCGGACGCCUUCCUCGCGCUGUCGGCCGCGAGCGACAAGCUGGCCGCGUACCGCGUCCGCUCCGCCAGCCUCCCCUGCCGCUUCCACCCGCUGCUGCUGCAGCUCGACGACGACGUCGCGGCGCUGCGCCUCGUGACCGGCCAGUCGCCGCCCUGCCCGUACGCGCCCACGGCGUCGGCCGUGUCCGCCGCGGCCUCGCAGGUGGGCCGGGUGCUCGUCUCGCUCUCCGAGCUGCUGCACCACCCGCAGGCGCAGGAGCCGCUGCGCCCCCUCGCGCGGUUCCCGCUCGCGGACCGGCUCCUCGACGACUUCCUCCGCCUCGCGGACGCGCACGGCAGCUUCCGCCAGGCGCUGGUCGCGCUCGCGUCGCUCCAGGCCGAGACGCGCGCCGCGCUGCGACGCGGCGACCCCACCAGGCUCGCGUCCGCGUCGCGCGCGCAGCGCCGCGCCGCGCGGGACCUCCCGCGCCUCGCGGCCGCCGUGCGCGCCGUGGCUUGCAGGGCCCCCGCGCCGCUCCCCGAGGACCUCCCCGCCGACACCGCGGCGCUCGCAGCCGCGGUCGCCGACGCGACCGUCGCCGUCGCCUCGGGCUCCGCGGCUGUCUUCUCCGGCCUGUCCUUCCUCUCCAACUCCGCCGCCUCCGCCCGCGUCGAGGUCGCCUCGACGCCGUGCUGGGCCACCGCCCCCGCGAAGCUCGCCGGCUCGUCGGACGCGCCGAGAACCAGCCACCACCGCAUAUGGUGGGUGGCCGACCUCGUGCGCUGGAUGUCGCGCGCCAAGCGGCGGUCCGCCGAGAAGCAGAACGGCGGCGGCGACGAGAACGAGUCCUCCACCGCGCACCUCCGGUCCGAGGCCCGCAUGAAGCCGGAGGAGCGGGCGCGGAAGGCGGCACUCGAGCGCCACGAGAACUUGGAGCGGUGCAUCGCCAGCGUCGACGCCAGCGGCGAGAAGGUGUUCCGAGCACUGGUCAACACCAGGGUGUCCUUGCUCAAUAUCCUGAGCCCGAGCUUCUGAUGGCCGAACCACUCGAAUUCAAAUUUCAGAUUUUUCUUUUACUUUAGCCUGCUUGUUUGGACAAAAUCUGUACAUACAUAUAGGAAAUAUCGUCCUGGAGUCAAUCUGUUCGUUCACUAGCAUCUAUCAAGAGAUUUGGAACCGGGCGUUCUAAAUUGCAAAAGUCGCAGCAUUUGGGCGUCGUUGUUCUUGCCAACAACCGAUCGCAUCCUGAUGCAGCAUCCUUCCUCAAAGUCUUCGUCCAGACUCCGGAGAAGCAUCCAGAUUGACCAAAAAAAUGUCUAUGCAAACAGAAUAUGCCUGAUGCUUCCUCCGCAAAUCCGCUGAAGAAUUUUGAUCGCCCGCUCAUGGCUCCUAGCUGUGGAAGAGAAAAUCCCGAGUCC